UCCUCUAAAUUGAACAGGACUACUUUUCCUAGCGGAUGGCGAAAAUGCGUUCUACGGCCCCAUUACAAACAAGCACUUCCCGUACAGCAGACAAUGGCUGAAGUUUUUCUGUCAGUUCCGUCAGAAUUAGAAGAUAUGUCGUCUCAACGAGCUCAGUAUCUAGUCUAGCAGUUAGGUAGAUAUGGAUGGUGACACUGUAAGCAGCUCCUUCUCCAAAGUGCCAAGGGAGGAACUGCUGUCAAGACUGAAGACGUACAACUUGUACCACUCCGAGAAAGGCAGCACUGUGCAGCUCAGGUCCACACAGGUAGACAGUCAGGAUGGAGACACCUUGGCAGUAGAAGGCAUGCUGAAGAUUUACUGGGAUGUGAAGAGGCCCAUCAGACUAAAGAAGGAUGACGAUUCUUUUCCAGAAAAGUCGCCCCCUCCCAGAGUUCAGCCCGGUCUGGACAAUGCGGGGAAAAGCUUCAAUGCACCUGGUCUUUCCAGGAGCGCAAUACGAAGCAGAUCGUACAAAGCAGCUCAGAAAUCUUGGGAUCCUGAAGAGAUGCCAGCCGCCACAGUCUCCCUGGACUCUGGCUUCCUGUUUGGCAGCAGCUCCCGCCCACGCCUCACCAGCGACUCCAGUGAGCCCGCACACGCACGCACGCAGCCGCACACCAAAGUCCUGGGGCGACCCAAGAGCGACCUCUGGGACAUCAAGCAGAACCGCUUGAGGAGGAGAUACUCCAUCAAUGGCCACAUCUACAACAGCAGGACUGCAGUUUUUACGCCAGCCCAUGGCAGCAUGACCAAUGUCAGACUAAACAGCAGAAUGAGAACACCACAAGUUGUUGAACUGCUCCUCAGCAAGUUUAGAGUUGAGAAUGAUUCUGACGACUUUGCUCUGUAUGCUGUCCAUGCAUCUGGAGAAUUCCGUCGACUGAAGGACACAGACACUCCCCUUAUUGAAAGAGUGCUCCUGGGACCAAGUGAGGAUGUAGCCAAGAUAUUCAUCAUGGAGAAGUCUGCAGAGGAGGACAUUCCUUUAGAGGUUGGACAGUACAUGAAGUUUCCCAUUGCUGUUCUGGAGAGUAUCUUGACAAAGUUCACCGAACAGGAGGAGAGAGAAAUAGAGGACAUCAGACAAAGAUACGAGGCUGAGAAGAAGCGGUUGAGAAGAAAUAUGUCUGUCAAGAGUACAGCUGUCUAGCUUGGCCCCCGGCAGUGUAAUGCAGUAAGAUGUGUGUAUCAAUACAUGCUCGUAGGCAGGGUGGUUCGAGCGUUUCGGAUUUACUCUGUGGUACCCAAAAAGACAGAUCAUUAUUGACCUCUCUUGGCAGCCCUGUCAUCAACAGUCUCAGUUUUAUUUUACCUUGAAAUCCUCCCAAAAAAAACCUAGUUGGAAAUCCCAUUUCAGAAGAUUGAAUUUUCCCAAUUUCCCAGGGAGCAUAUGCCCCCAUAUCCCUUAUAAAGCUUGCACCCAAAAAUCUUCAAGAGAAACUCCCGAAGCAAUAUCCUGCCUAUGCCUAUGGGCAUGCACUGUGUCUGCCUCAAAUCACCACCACUAACUGUGGCAAACUUUGCCAUAUUGUCACAAUACACUGUCUAAUUGUGUCGGAACCUUUAGCAUGUUACUGGCCACAUUUUUUGCCAACACUGUCUGUCUGUCUGAGGACAUUCAUAUGUCUGAAGAAAAUACCACAUUCGCUGGUUUGUUCAUUAACCUCUUGUGGUUUGUGAUUGGAGAGUUUUUGUGAUGUAAAUUUGAGUGAGUGAAUUUAAUUGCCCAAAUUUGCUGCCAAUUUGAAGUGGUAAGAGAAAAGAGACCAAAAUGAAAUUAGCAUGCCAAAGGUUGCCCUUUAGAUUAUUUAGUUGAAACACAUUCCGUUGAAGGCCACAAGUAACAAAGCACUUUUAAAUUAUUGUCCUGUUAUGUUAAGUUUUGUUGUAUUCAUUCUUGUUGUAACCUAUUAAACAUUCAAGUGAAUGUUGUAUUACCCAUUGUGUUACUUACACAUAGUUACUCACUUUGUAACCAUUCCUAAAACAUUACGUAUGAAUUAAGUAUAACGAAGCUACUGCAUCAUCUGUUUGUAAAAUGCUGUCUUGUCUGUGUUGUCAAUUAUCACAAAGCCACUUGCAUUGAGCAAAUUUUCAGGACAAGAUGCAAUACCUACAUGGAAUUUAGGAACUGCACACUUACCCUACCCUAAGGUAUGUAGCUAUAUUUUGAGAUAGUACAAUGCGAAAUGUCAUUAACAAAAGGACAAUGUAUGUUAGGUAAGUGGAGAGAGACAUGGUGACAAGACUUUAUUGUAUUGCUCCUAAAAUGAUUUUAUCUGACAAACUAAGUGAGGACAAAAUUUAAGGGAAAAUGGAUAUAUACAUUUAGGUGUUUGAUCCCACACUUUUCUUAAUUUUAAAGGUUUAUAAUAUAAAUGAUGUUAUUUUAUCUUCAUAAAUUGUUCAGUUUUAUGUUUGAUGAUUGUAAUGUAUUUUGAUAUAAACAUGACAAUAAACAAAAAGGGUUUUAAGAUUAUGUAAUAUAUUUUUGUUUAGUAGACCAAUUAUUAGAUUCUUAAAAGCUGAUACAGGGUAUCCUGGAAAAAAA